CCGCGGCCAAUGAGGAGGCAGAAGUGACGGCCGCUCCCCAGUCCCCCGAAGCUGCUACGAGGCUGAAGCCGGAGUGGAUUGCUCUUCUGGAGAAGCUGGUUCCUCACUUCUCAGGUAUCACCGAGAGCUCAGCAUCAAGGCUGAACUGUACCAUUUAGAAGAAUGGAAGCGAAUGCAUCUGUUGAAAUGUUUUCAAAAGUCCUAGAGAAUCAGUUGCUUCAGACAACCAAGCAAGUGGAAGAACAUUUGGAUUCGGAAAUUCAGAAACUGGAUCAGAUGGAUGAGGAUGAGUUGGAACACCUCAAAGAAAAGAGACUCAAGGCACUGAGGAGAGCUCAGCAGCAGAAACAAGAAUGGCUUUCAAAAGGACAUGGGGAAUACAGAGAAAUCCCUAGUGAGAGAGACUUUUUUCAAGAAGUCAAGGAGAGUAAAAAAGUGGUUUGCCAUUUCUACAGAGACUCCACAUUGAGGUGUAAAAUACUAGACAGACAUUUGGUGAUACUGUCCAAGAAACAUCUUGAGACCAAAUUUUUGAAGCUGAAUGUGGAAAAAGCACCUUUCCUUUGUGAGAGACUGCAUAUCAAAGUCAUUCCCACGCUAGCACUGGUGAAAGAUGGGAAAACACAAGAUUUUGUUGUUGGAUUUUCUGACCUAGGAAAUACAGAUGACUUCACCACAGAAACUUUAGAAUGGAGGCUGGGUUGUUCUGAUAUUCUCAAUUACAGUGGAAAUUUAACGGAGCCACCAUUUCAGAGCCAAAAGAAAUUUGGAACAAACUUCACAAAACUGGAAAAGAAAAUUAUUCGAGGCAAGAAAUAUGAUUCUGACUCUGAUGAUGAUUAAUUCUUUGUAAAUCGUCUCCUGACUUCAGAAUUAGAUGUGUUUUCUAAAUUCUGUUGAUUUCAGUACAUUCGUCUCCUAAUGGUCACAUUCUAGAGUUUUAUGCAGUUGCAUCACAUUGAAAAACAUCUGUGAUAUUUUCUGUGUGGAGCUCGUGUUUAAGUUGAGGAAAACUUCUGAGUUCUAAAAUUAUCUGAGUCGGGUCUGGAUUCUCUGUUUUUGAGAUUGGUUUUAUCACAAUAUGAUUCUUACAUUUUUAUACCAUUCACAAUUGUGUUUUUAAUCUACUGGAUUGGAAAUAGAAAUUCAGCACACUAUUCCAGGACUAAUUCUUACCUAGCAUUAUUUACUUUAUAAAGAGGUCAAGUAACAUUUACUGGUGUAACAGACUGCACUUGUAAAUGAUUAGAAACACUCUUUACUUCUGGAAUAUAAGUAACUUAAAGAACUGUAUUUAUUCUGUAUGCCGCAUGGUGUUGUUGAGUCAACUGAUGGCAACAGAAAGCUUUUUCAGGUUGUGAACAUACUGCCUUAUGUAAAGGGUCUUGAUUGCUUAUAUUUUAAGACAUGUAUUAAACAAAUCAAGAAGCACUUUCGAAAUAGCAACAUGAGGAGACGUACAGACCCCUCAGUGAAACAAUCAUAACUGGUAAAUAUUUUUUUAGAAAUUAAAGUCUCUGGAAAUUGUCAUAAGAGCACACAGCAAACAGAAACAUUUAUCCAAGAAAAUACUCAAUCCUGGUAAGAAUAGUGAGUCUCUGUGGUAUUUGAACCAUGAGCCUGCACUUCCUCCCCUCAUCUCCCAGUCUUGGCCUACAGUUUAUCCCUAGGAGGAGCAGACUGCUAGCAUCUCUCAUUCCCCCAAGGUCUGUGUUGCAGAAGCUCUGUUGCAAGCAGCAGUAGCAAAGAGGUCUGAGCCUGCCUUCCUCCACCCAGUCCCCACUUGUAGCACAGAAUAUCUACCCCAGGAAUACUGUUUUCUAAUCACUGUUGCCCUGGCGUACUCAUAAACUAGAGCAAUAGUGAUUAGGGUGGAGGUUCCAUGGAAGGAGAGGCAAGCAGAGAAGAUCAGGGGCUACCACCCACUGCUUUACUUACAGACUACUAGCAAAGCCAGCUACUCUCCCCAUCCCCAGUCCUGGGGGAGUAGCACAGAGGUUCUGCCCAGUGGGAGAAGCAGGCUGUAAAAACAGCUUCCAUAGCAUUCCCUAAAGGGACUGACUUUAUUUAGAACAGAGAAAAGUUGAAGCAUAAGGAUGCUGCUGCAGACAAAGGAGAUUUCAGGUGGGGUUGGGGGUGAAGUAAGAGGAGCCUGGGAUCUCCAGGUUAGCAAAACAAGCAGAAAGGAAGGCCAGUGAGAAUUUCAACAGAGAAUGAAAGUGGAAGUUCAGAGUAGCCCUACAGUUGGAACAAACCUCAACAACUACAAAAACCUAAAUUCAAUUAGAUUGAACUGUGUGGCAAUUUAUGUCCCAGGACAUUGUCAAAUAAUAGAGAGGUCCACCAGCAAUUAGUGGAUGUUAACAGCACAGCGUGAUAACAAUGGAGACAGACCAACUAGAACUCUUGCAGGGACGGCAGGGAAAGAAACAGCAAGAGAGCCUUGCUAAAACUACUGUCCUUGGGGUUGAGGGGAGGUGUCAGCGACACUGCCUAUGCCCAGGCGACGUACUGCAACAUCAGAGGCCAUACAAUUCAGGGUAAGUGGACUUAGCCAAAAUGGUCCAGCUAAGUCACUAACCAUAUAAGCAAACAAGCCCUGGAGAAGGGAGUAUGAGUCUCCAGAACUGCUGUAUUAUGUAAAAUGUCCAGUUUUGAACCAAAAAAGUAAGAUCUACAAAUAAACAGGAAAGUGUGACUCAUACAUGGUGGGGAGAAAAGCAAUAAAAAAAAUUUUUU